CCCAAAGGAAGUGGGAUCACCUGGAUCCAGGCCAGAGGGCUCCCUUCAAUGAGGUCAGGAUGGAGGAUGGUGGGAAGGAGGCCUCUCUGGGUAAGGAUCCCUUUUGCCUUUCUUGGAGAGAUGCUGAAGGAGUGAAUUCAUAUUCUUGUCACCUCUUACUCAAGUGUUGGGAAUGCAGGGGUAGAAAUGAGGUGCCAAGCCAUGCCCCUUGGGCCACCCCAUGCUAGACCUGAACUUGUCUGAAACUGCUUUUUUAAAUAUAAAACUUUGAUUUUGCAUUGCUUGAAGCUUGUGGAGUUAUAACUGAUGCAAGUGCAGUGCCUCAUUCUCUCCAGCAUCAGAGGGAGAGAGGGACAGGCCAGCUCCAUCAAGGCUAGCCAAGAGUAUUAUUACUAUCAUUACUAUUAUUACUAUUAUGGUUUAUUUCUAUAGCACUGUAAAUGUACACAUUCAUCAUCAUCCUGGCCUCAAAGGGAGAGAAGAACCACUGAACAUAAUCCCCUCCCCACCGCCAUUUCUUCUUUUGUGUCAUGUCUUUUUAGAUUGUAAACCUGAGGGCAGGGAACCUGUAAGCCUCUCUGAGAGCCUUUGUGGCUGAAGAGUGGGGUAUAAAUACUCCAAUUAGAUAAAUAGAAUAUCUUGAGUUUUUUCUCCUGUUUCUACCACCAGCUCAUGUUGCACCAGCCCACUGCACUCGACUUAAUACUGUACAGAUAUUCUUAUACAAUCAAGGAAGCCCCAGCCCUAAAUAUGCAAGACCUGAUAGAGUGUGCAUUGGUCCAAGAUGGUCUCCAAAGAAAGGAGAGAGGAGAAUCUACACUGAAUUGCUUUUCAGUGGACGAAACAGCAGGAAAGAUGACCUUGGAACAGGUCACUUUUGGGGAUGUUGCUGUGUAGUUCACAGAAGAAAAAUGGCAACUGUUGGAUUGGAACCAAAGAUCUUUGUACCAGGAGGUCAUGAUGGAAAACUAUGAGAAUGUGUCUUUGGGAGACAUUUUGAUUCAUCAGAGAAUCAAUAUAGGAGAGAAACCAUAUAAAUGCCAGCAGUAUGGGAAAUGUUUGGUUCACACAUCUGCCCUUGUGAGUCAUAGGAGAGUCAACACAGGAGAGAAACCUUAUAAAUGCCAGCAUUGUGGAAAAUGUUUCACUCAGAAGUCAAUCCUUGUGACUCACCAGAGAAUCCACACUGGAGAAAAACCAUGCAAAUGCCAGCAGUGCAGAAAACAUUUUACUGGAAAGUUAUACCUUUUGAGGCAUCAGAGAGUUCACACUGGAGAGAAACCAUAUAAAUGUCAGCAAUGUGGGAAAUGUUUUGCCUGUAAGUCAUACCUUAUAAGGCAUCAGAGAGGCCAUACUGGAGAUAAACCAUACAGAUGCCAGGAUUGUGGAAAAUGUUUUACUCAGAAUUCAAUCCUUGUGACUCACCAGAGAAUCCACACUGAAGAAAAAUCAUACAAAUGCCAGCAGUGUGGAAAAUAUUUUAUUUAUGAAUCAUGCCUUAUGAGCCAUCAGAGAUUUCACACAGGAGAUAAACCAUACAGAUGCCAGCAUUGUGGGAAAUGUUUUAUUUAUAAGUCAUACCUUAUGAGCCAUCAGAUAACACACACAGGAGAGAAACCAUACUCAUACCAGCAGUGUGGGAAAGGUUUUGCUCACAAAUUAUACCAUGAGAGACAUCAGAGAGUCCACACAGGUGACAAACCAUACAAAUGCCAACAUUGGCCAGACUAG